AUGUUGCUUCCUCUGUAUCACCAGCAGCAACCGUUGAUACCUCCCAAAACCUUACCCGUUCGAAUUUUCCCGCCAUUCCUAAUCCCCAGAACCCUGAUUUCACGACGGAAUUUUCGUCGAGCGAACUAUGUCGUCGUCUGUUGUUCUGCUUCCGAUCGAAAGACUCUUCCCCAAUCCGCCAUCCAAUCGUUGGCGGAAUUGACAUUGCCCCCGGCGGAGCUGCGGCGGUUGAGGUCGGUGGGGAUCAGGUUGACGAAGAAGCUGAAGAUUGGCAAAGCCGGAAUUACGGAAGGGAUCGUGAAUGGGAUUCACGAGAGAUGGAGGACAACGGAAGUUGUGAAGAUUUUCUGCGAGGAUAUUUCCAGAAUGAACAUGAAACGGACCCAUGACGUCUUAGAGACGAAAACUGGAGGCUUGGUCAUUUGGAGAUCAGGAAGCAAAAUUUUGUUGUAUAGAGGGGUGAAUUAUGAGUACCCUUAUUUUGUAUCUGAUCGGAACUUGGCACACGAUUCUUCAGCUGCCUCAGGGGCAUCAUCUAUCAAUCUGGGAGUGGUUGAUAGUAGAGAGAAUCAGAGUAGCGCAGAAUCUUCUGUUAAAGAUAAAAUGGUUAAACCGUUGUUGAAACAAGGCGUUGGUUCUCCGGGUAAGGUUCGGUUUCAGUUACCCGGCGAAGUGCAGCUAGUGGAAGAAGCAGAUCGUUUGCUGGAAGGAUUGGGGCCAAGAUUCACGGACUGGUGGGCAUAUGAUCCUCUUCCAGUAGAUGGUGAUCUUCUGCCAGCAAUAGUGCCUGAGUACAGGAGACCAUUUCGGCUUCUUCCGUAUGGCGUGAGCUCAAAACUAACUGAUGAUGAAAUGACCACUAUAAGGAGACUUGGUAGACCACUCCCUUGUCACUUUGCUUUAGGUAGAAAUAGAAAGUUGCAGGGACUAGCUGUUGCUAUUGUCAAGCUUUGGGAGAAAUGUGAGCUUGUCAAGAUAGCAGUGAAGAGAGGUGUGCAGAACACUAAUAGCGAGCUGAUGGCUGAAGAGUUAAAGUGGUUGACUGGAGGGACGCUGAUAUCUCGGGAUAAAGAUUUCAUUGUCUUGUACAGAGGAAAGGAUUUCUUACCAUCUGCAGUUUCUUCUGUAAUAGAAGAGAGGAGAAGGCAAACCAUGAUUGAAAAAUCAAGGGGCUAUGCUAAUAAGCUGACUGAAAACGCAGGGGAAAUAAAGCCUCAGGCUGCUACAGACGACACUGAACUAGAAUCUGAGUAUAAAAAGGAUCAUAUACAAACCCAUCAAAUGAAACCAAGGCAGCGGAAAUCUCCCGAAGCAAUCCUCGAAAAAACUAGUAUCAAGUUGUCCAUGGCGUUAGAAAAGAAGGCAAAUGCAGAAAAAAUUCUGGCGGAGCUGGAGAAUAAAGAAAGUCCUCAACCGUCUGAUAUCGACAGAGAGGGUAUUACGGAUGACGAAAAGUACAUGCUACGGAAAAUUGGCUUGAAAAUGAAGCCUUUCCUUUUACUAGGUAGACGAGGCGUCUUUGAUGGAACAAUAGAGAACAUGCAUCUUCACUGGAAGUAUAGGGAACUUGUGAAGAUUAUUUGUAAUGAACACAGCAUUGAAGCUGCACACGAAGUAGCCGAAAUCUUGGAAGCAGAAAGUGGUGGCAUACUAGUUGCUGUGGAGAUGGUGAGUAAAGGCUAUGCAAUUAUUGUGUAUCGAGGAAAGAAUUAUGAGCGGCCUUCAUGCCUACGACCUCAAACACUUCUCAGUAAGAGAGAGGCACUGAAGCGAUCUGUGGAAGCACAACGUCGAAAGUCAUUAAAGCUGCAUGUGCUGAAACUUUCCAGCAACAUUGAUGAAUUGAACCGUCAGUUGGUCGAGGACAGUGCAACCCUUGAAACUUGGUCAGAUGGGGAAUCAAGUAACAGAGUGGUCCAAGAAGGAAACGAAAAUCAGCAUAUUGAACCUGAUGAAUCAAGAGAACAAAAUGAACUCGGCUAUUCUUCUGACGUAUCAGUUCCUUCCUCUGGUGAAGAGAAAUGGGAGGAUGACAGCGAAGAUGAAGUUAACCAAUAUACAACAAGCAGUCAUGAGUAUCAAGAAGAUGAAUUUGGCUCCACUCAGCGACAUGAGGCUAACACUCUCGAUUCAACUGCAAAUGUAUCUGUAAUUGCAGAAACUGGUUUAGGCGAGGCUUCUUCACUUCAUGAGAGAUCCUUGCCGUGCAACAGCUUCCUUAAUGCAGAGCGAAAGGUACCAAGUGGACAAGAACUGGGAUCCUCAACUGGAAGUGGCUCACGAAUCUCACCUCCCAGAGAGAGCAGAAGCGAAAAUGAUGGGUUAGUCGCAGAUCUGUCCAAUAGAGAAAGGCUCAUUCUGAGAAAACAAGCCCUUAAGAUGAAGAAGCGCCCACCCUUUGCAGUAGGAAGAAGCAACGUUGUAACCGGUUUAGCAAAAACACUGAAGAUGCAUUUUCAGAGAAACCCUCUAGCAAUCGUAAACGUCAAAGGGAGAGCUAAGGGAACAUCUGUCCAAGAAGUCAUCGCAAAGCUCAAGGAAGAAACAGGAGCUCUCCUGGUGUCGCAGGAGCCAAGUAAAGUCAUACUAUACCGCGGUUGGGGCGCAGAAGAAGAAAUGAAAAGCUUCUACCCAAAUAACAAUGUCAAAAACUCCAUAAAUUUAACUUCUUCGUCACUGAGAUUUGUUAAUGAUCCUCCUCCUGUCUCUUCUGCACUCAUUGAAGCCAUAAAACUUGAAUGUGGAUUGCAAUAA